GCUGGGUCUCCCCUUUCAGUGAGAGAGAGAGAGAGAGAGAGAGAGAGAGAGAGAGAGAGAGAGAGAGAGAGAGAGAGAGAGAGAGAGAGAGAGAGAGAGAGAGAGAGAGAGAGAGAGAGAGGGAGGAGAGAGAGAGAGAGAGAGAGCGCUCGCGCGCGCCGGUGGGAUACAGAGAAGGAAGAUAAUGUGUGUUUGGGCAAGGAAAAGGCAGGGUGUGUAAGAGUGGAGAGGACAGAAGCAGAAGGUUUGAGAAAGACUAGUUUACUAGAGCGAGAAGUGUGAGCAAGAGGAACAAAGGUUACAGAGAAAAAUAGGAAUAGAGAAAGGGAGGGGGAGAGAGGGACAGAAAUCAUAGCAGCUGUUUCAGGCCAUCAGAGGAGAGAGGACUGAGCCAAAGGGAACAGGCGAGAGUUUCUGCGCCAUGGGCAAAUCAGGUAAGACUACAUGAGAUGUACUGGAAUAUGACUGUGUGAAAGUGAAAAAGUUUAUCAAGUGAAACGUGUGUGUGUGGUGAGCAUGUGUAUGAGUAAUUACAAAAGAGGCUUAGCUCUCAGUCUGUGCCAAUGGUCUGUUAUCAUGCAACAGGAAAAAGGGGUGGAUUUUAAAAAGCUGUAAAUCUAUUUGACAUAGUCUUGUAACGCCUAUGUGCUAGGUCAGUUUCUUCCCUUCUGUGGUAUAGAUGAAACCACUAGUGAGUGUAUCAGGAGUAGUUGUGCUAGUAGGGGAAUUCCCUAUUUACAAGCUGUGUGUCUGUGGUUAUGUCAGCGUGUAUUUGUGUGUUUUGAUAUUGAUUGACAGAACAUUUGAGGGGCCAGUUUCCCAGAACCACAUUAUCCUCCAUUGAAAGUGGUAUUUAGUUUAGGAAUAAGGCUGAAUGUGUAUUUCGCUACAACUGCAAUAACAUCUGCUAAAUAUGUGUAUGCGACCAAUACAAUUGUAUUUUGUGUGUGUGUGUGUGUGUGUGUGUGUGUGUGUGUGUGAAUCGCCUCAUUGUGUGAAUGCCAGAGAGAAUGGAGAUGUGUGAGUAUGGCUGUGAUUGGCACCAGGCUGGGGAGAGGGAGGAUGUGUCCCCCAUUCAUACAUACCCUGGUACUGUCUGUCUAGUAGUAUAUAGACUCAGUCAAGCCUGGGAACAGCCAUAUGUAUGGGGUUUACUCGAGAUUUACUACUGCCUAAGUUACUCUCUGAUUAUCUGCAGCCUACCGUUUUAUUGAGUUGUAUUAAUGAUUUGAAAGUUUGAUUGUAUAUUACAGUGAAAAUGAGGGAAACAAUAGACAUUUAGCCUUUCAGUUUUUUCAUGGCAUCUUGUGUUAUGAUUCUAUCUCUCUCUCAGCUUCUAAGCAGUUUUCGGAGGAGGUGUUGCAGAGUCAUAAUGAGUAUCGUAGGAAGCACCAGGCACCCCCUCUGAAGCUGUGCAGCAAGCUGAGUAGAGAUGCCACUCGGUGGGUCACCCACACACCCACACACUGCCCCCCCUCCCACUUAUCUAUCUCCUCCACCCACCACCUCCUUUAUCAGAGGCAUGGCCAACCACAUCCAAACCCUUACUUCCUUCCACUUCACCUAACCUCACCAAUCUCCCAUCUAUUAGCUGUCUUUAUCUAACUAUUACCACAACUAUCUCCCCUAUCUCCACCCUGUAGGUAUGCUGAGUCUCUGGCCAGCACAAGGAUCCUGAAGCACAGUGUUGAGUCCAGUAGGGGGAGCUGUGGCGAGAACCUGGCCUGGGCCUCCUACGACCAACCAGGUACACACACACUCUAACCCUAUGACUCCUAACCCUAUGACCAACCACAGUCAUUGACAUAGCCUGCAUAUGUGUAGUUAUGGAAAUGGGGACAGAUACAUUAUUCACUGUGUACGGUACAGAUAGUAACAUUAAAGAGAGAGAUCCAGAGUCUCUGUAGGGUUAGGGUUUAGUUAGGUCUAAACUAUAGACUAUCCUGUCCAGUGGCGACCCAGGCAGGAACAGCUGGGGUCAAUUUCCCUGCUCUGUGUUCGGAGUGUGUUUCAGCAACGAGACCAUGACUCAGAGCACAACUAUGUCUGUGCACUGACCGACAGUCUGCUGUGAUUCAUAAAGUCUCCUAUAGAUACAUACUCUAUCACUGGGUCAUGCUCAGUUCAUCUCUCCCUGGACUGCUCCUCUGAAACUGUGGUUCCCAAACCUUCUGCCCCUCCUAAAGCUUUGGCAGCUUGAAGAGGGUUAGCACUGUUGCCUUGGACAGCUGCCAUCUUGGAUAAUAUUUCCUUGCCGCUGUCAUCUCCGCUUGCACUCUGGGGGUUUAGGCCCGAGUUGCUGUUAAACAAUAGUGACAAAGGCAACAAACAAGUAUAAUGUUAUGUGAUAACCUGUAACCUUUGCCCUCUCUGUGUAUAGGGAAGGAUGUGGCUGACCGCUGGUAUGACGAGGUCAAACAAUACAACUUCAACCGCCCUGGCUUCUCCUCUGGCACAGGUGAGACACACACAUGCAUGCACGGACACACACACACACACACACUCUGACUCGGUGUAGUGCUGCAUGCCACAAUGUUGUGUUCACCCAGGCUAGGUUCAGGGUUAGACCGUGUGGUGUCUGUUCUAUGACCGUGAUACCGUUCUGUGACCGUGUAGUUCUCUGACUCAGCUCACAAGCAUGCAUGGAUCACUGCUGCCUGUGGGAAAAUCACAGUUCUUUAUAGCAUUCCUGUUCCCUUCCUGAAGCCUCCUGCUCAGUGUGACUGACCUGCAGCGUCAGGAUCACUCCUAUCAACUCCCCUGACUCAUGUGCUGCUGACAGAAAGGAGGAGAGGAAAGACAGAGAGGGAGAAAUGGGAGUGUGCAAUAGAGGGAAAAUAGUGUAUAUGGGGGUGGGGGACGAUAGAGGGGGGAGGAUAUGAAUAUAGGGUUCUGUAGCUGUAAAUAUUUAGAGGAGCAGUGCUGCAGACGGCUUCUUUCAGUGAAUGUGUUUAGCUUGGCUCUCUCUCUUUUUCUUUCUCCCCCCCCCCCCCCCCAGGUCAUUUCACAGCGAUGGUGUGGAAGGGCAGUAAGAAGCUGGGUGUGGGGAAGGCCAGUGCGUCAGACGGCUCGUCUUUCGUGGUGGCCAGGUACUUCCCGGCAGGGAACAUCACCAACCAGGGACACUUUGACAACAACGUCCUGCCGCCCAAGGACUGAGGAACAUACUGACCCGUCACCCCCAUCCCCCAGGAACUGACCAUCCAAAAGACAUUUGCACUUUGACUUGACUUGUAACUUGAGAUAAAUAAAAAAAUAUAUAUAUUUUUUUU